AUGGGACUCGGGCAGGGAACCCACGCCAACUUGAAGGGGAAAGCGGCCUCUUCUAGGAACUCAUCAGCACCACCACCCAGACAGGCCUUGUACACUGCCUGCGACCUGGCAGCUACUCCAGCCAAAAUCCUGCUGCCCUACCCACAGACCCGUGGACCCUGGGACCUCCACCUCCAAAGGUGCACUGCUCCCGUAGCAACACCCCAGCUGGACAACUUCAGCGCCAGGACCCCUCAGAGUGUAUCAGAGCUCUGCGCAGGCAAACGCACUGCCACAGUCAUGCAUUUCCAGCAAGCAGACCCCCUGAGCCCAUGGAUCCACAGGGCGCUCUUGGGAGCCGCGCUGCAGUACACAGGGGACCUUGAACUUCUUGGUUAAAGGCAACAGAAUCAACCAAAAAGUGUUGAUGUGGAAGCUGCAAUGAAAGGAAACAGGCUGCAGCAGAAUAUGGACUUCCCAGCUGCACAGAGCAGUCUACCUUCUGGGUGCUCUGACUGCUCCAAUUCAGAAACAACUAUGGAAGUAGAUGUAGUUGAACAGCCUCUACUUGCUGUGCUUAGUUCGGCAGGAGGUCAGAAUGCCAAUGUAAAGAACGUCAAUGCAUCUGAUCUCACCUGAGAUAAUCCCUUGAUGGAAGACGAAACAUCAAAAUGUAACCCUUCAUCUGAAAUCUUCAGUAGUUCCAGUUCCACUCAGAAUUUACUGCUCCCAGAAAGUAAUAUGGAAAUGUCUGGAACAAAUGAAGACUAUGGGAAUUGCUCCCCCACUGUAAGUCUCUGUGAUAGUUGUCAGCCCUCGGUAGAGUCAGUGGAGGAAUCUUGCUCCUCCAUCAUAGCAGCCUUGAAGGCACUUCAAGAACUUCUGGUCACUAGUAGUAAACCAGCUUCAGAAAUUACAUCUGAAGAAGUUAUUUGUCAAUAAGAAACAGUAACUGAGGGCCAAAAAAGUUUGGGGGUCCUUUCUGAAAGAUGAAUCCAGAGUGAAUACUGUUCACAAGUCUACUUUAAUCAGGUCACAUAUGUUUCAACAAAGACAGAAAAAUUAGUGGACACUUCAACUGGAACUGGAAUAUAAGAUGUAGAGGAUAGUAACUUCAGGGGUCCAGCUGAUGGCCUAGUAACUGACACAGAAGGUGUCCCCCGGUCUACUGAAUCAGUAAAGGAGAGCAGUUCUGUCAUUCUAGCCUCAACUAAAAUGUCUAAUCAAUUACACUGCACAUUGGGUAUAGAAAUUUCCCCUAAAAUUCUAGCAGGAGAGGAGGAUGCACUCAAUCAGACUUUGGAGCAAACUAAGUCCUUGUCAUCAAAUCUCAUAUUGGGUAAAUGUUUGGGUCAUGGCACACAGAAUCCAGUAACAGAUGGGCCUGAGACCAGAGAAGAUGUCUGUCCUGAUGCUCAGGCACUUGUUGAAUUUGAGCCACCUGCCAGCUAUCCAUCAUCAAGUCCCUCCAUUCUCCCACCAUAACUUUUUCCUGUUGCAGACAUUGACUGAAUUCUCCAUGCUGGCUUUACUUUUUAGGAAGCUCUCGGGGCUUUGUAACAAAUUUGUGGAAACGCAGACCUUACACUUCUUACUUUGCUAGCAAAGAACAUUGUAGUUCCUAUAUAA